ACACCUUGAAAGAUCCUUGAAGAAGCAAUCAUCUCGAGAUUCAUUCAACCGUGAGGCAAGUCCUUAAGGUAAAAGUGCCAGUUUCUCGAGUCUUGGGAUUUUUUUGCACGUUUCCAGCGAAUCUACACAUCCUUGAGAAGACAUUUUCAAGGCUCUUCAAGAGGCAAUUAUCUGCAAGAAAAGAUUCUUUCGACUGUAAUAUAUAUAACUGACGACUUCUAAAGGACAAAGAGACAGUUUCUUUUGAAGACUCGGGAUUGUUUGGCCUUCAUUUGUACAUGGCACCAGAACUCGGAAAAAGACAUUCGAAGAGUGCAAAUAAGGUACUGUAUACAUGUAUGUGGCUGCAUUGAACUUAAAAUUUAUGCCUCUAACAAUUAUAUUCAUGUGGUGAUAAAGUGGUUCAAAGAGACCAAAUCUAAGUUAUAUUGACGAAGAAGACCCUGAUUUUGGGACUGACAUCAAACUCUAUGUCUGGGCCAUUCUUAACGCCAAGGAGAAAGCUGUAAGGAACUCUGUCAGAACUGUGACUUGACAAAUGCCAUUUAAAGCAUCUAGAAUGUUUCCCCAGUCAAGAAUCGAGCAGCUACCACUCCUACAACAAGAACACAUCAUCAAUGCCUCAGGGGAUGCAGGCACAGAAAGCGUGACUGUCCACUUCAGGCAGACAACAACAGAGCAAGAUCCACUCCUUCUCCACACAGAAACUGUCGAAUUAAAUACUGAAGACGAGACCAUUCCCAGCCCAGAGUCCAGCAUGGAAGAGGAGCCUGAACCGGCCCCUAACGUAACCGGUGUGGUUCUAGUUGUAGUAAGCACUGCUGUGUUUGCCUUGGCAGAAAGCUGCUUCGGAUUGUGUACAGCGGCGGGCGUCCAAACCUCGCACCUUCUGCUGUUCCGAAGCGUUUGCCUGUUCACGAUCAACCUCGGUGCGAUGGCGUUCGUAGCAGUUGGCAAAUCGUGCGGGCUCAAAGUUGCGCAGCCGUCAUUUGCACGAAUGAAAUCAAGGCUACCAAUUCUAAUCUUAGUAGGGAUGGCAACGACAGUUACUACUGUUAUCACACCUAUGUCCUACCUCUUUGAUAUUCCAAUCGAAGCCUAUCAGGGGUCGAUCUAUGCCUUGGCACCUGCUUAUACCACUGCAAUUGCCUACUGCUUGCUUAGCGAGAGCUUUUCCCACGAAAAAUUCUGGGCCAUGGCAGUCAGUGUUUGUGGCAGUAUGCUGUAUGUAAUCAGCGUGCCAAAGCCCAAGAGUGGGCCCCAUACAUCGAUGGCGAUAUAUUUAGUAGCUCUCUUCCUUUCUCCGCUACUUUCGGCUGCAUUUGUCAGUGCUCGCGGCCUACUGAAGAAAAACCUGCACCCCAUCACGUUGGUGUUCGCUGUUCAGUUGUGCAGCAUUCUGUAUUUAGUACCUUUCGAUUCCAAAUUUGUGUACGAAGUGCUAAGUUACGGGAAUGUUCCUGAGUACGGUACGGAUGUAUGGAUGGCUGUGAUUGGUCACGUUAUUUGUUACAGCACUGCCAGCUAUUUGCUCUACUUUGGUCUGAAGUAUGAAAAAGCUGGCAUCGUGCAGAUUUUGCUGACUGCGACCAUUCCCUUUUCCUUGCUACUAAACUUUGUCAUGUUUGGCAGGGUGCCAUUCCCAUCAGAGGGGAUAGGGGGAGCUUUAGCAGCAGUAGGUGUGGCAGCACUGGUGAUCAUGACUUGUUUUGAGAACAAACUGUGUAAUGGUAUUAAUUGUUGUUAUCAAGUUGAGAGUAAAGACUAGAACUGAUUAUAAUACAUCAAUGAGUUUCUUUGCUGGCCUUGUUUCACAUUUGAAGUCUUUGGAGCGUGUCAUCCAUUAAAAUUUACCUGCCGUAGCCUAAAACCUGGGGAAAAAUAAACAUUAGGCCACACCAAUUUAAUUUGUUGCUUCUCA